GCAAUUAUGGUGUACUUGGUUGAAACUUACGGAAAAGACGAUCAUCCACUGUUCCCCAAGGACCCGAAAAAGCGAGCGCUGAUCAACCAAAGACUGCAGUAUGACUUAGGCACCUUGUACCCGACUUUUAUCGACCAAUACUACUUGUGGAUUUUUGGUUAUGCAAAAAAAACCGACGAAAAAGAAAAGAGACUCCACGAUGCGCUCGAGUUUUUGGAAAUUUUUCUGAAAUCUUCCGAUUGGGUUGCUGGCGAUUCAAUGACUUUGGCCGAUAUAUCUUUGGUAGCUACUAUUUCAACCUUUGAGGUUUCCGGUGUUGACUUGAAUAGGCACGAAAAAGUCUCUAAAUGGCUUCAAAAGUGCAAGACUACAAUGGAGGGAUACAAAGAUGCCAAUCAAUAUGGAGUAGAUCGAUUCAAAGCCUUGGUAGAAAAGAAAUUAGCUGACUCAGUUGCACAAGAGGAACUAGUUACUAAGGAUGAAGUAUUUAUAGCGAUUGAAGUACUAAGAAAAGCUGUAAGAGCUAAGUUCAUUGGUGAAGAAUUCUCUGAUUCAAUUGACAAAAUAGAUAAAGCCGUGUCGCUGUGUGUUGCAUCGUUAUUAUCAAUAAUUUCGCAUCAACAUUAUUAUUUUGUUGUAAUCAUAUUGUUGUUGUUCGGUCAACGCCCUUUUUAUUCUGUUCUGUAUAACUUUUUUUCUUACCCGUUUAACGGACAAUUCGUACUUCCGCUAACACAGCGGACACAUUUCAUUAAUGAAGCCGUGAUAAAAUACAAUUGCAACAACGUUUGUUGUUCAAUAAACAGAUAUGCUGCCAAUAAAAAGAAGAUGGACUUGUACUACACUUCUUUCAGCGCGCCAUGCAGAUCCGUUAUGCUGAUGGCCGAAAUGUUGGGUUUGAAAUUGAAUUUGAUACCUAUAGAUCUCGUAACUCACAAACAUCUUGAAAAAAAAUUCACUGACAUAAAUCCUCAACACAUUUUACCUACGCUGGUUGAUGAUGAUUUUGUUUUAUGGGAGAGUCGUGCAAUUAUCGUGUACUUGGUUCAAACUUACGGUGAAGACAAUAGUCCGCUGUUCCCUGAGGAUAAGAAAAAGCAAGCACUGAUUAACCAAAGACUGCAGUUCGACAUGGGCACCUUGUACGCACCUUUUGUCAAUCAAUAUAGCCCGUGGAUGUUUUUUAAAAUACCGAGAACCGAAUACAAAGAGAAGAAACUCCAAGUAGGACUCAAGUUUUUUGAAGAUCUCUUGAGAGAUUCUUGGGCUGCCGGCGAUUCAAUGACUGUGGCCGAUGUGGCUUUGGUGGCUUCCAUUUCGACAAUCAAAGCUGUCGGUGUUGACUUGACGAAGUACACCAACAUCUCUAAAUGGUUUCAAAAUUGCAAGGCAACUAUCAAGGGAUACAACGAGGCUAAUAACGAGGGAAUUGAAGUAGUCAAAACUAUGGUAGCCAAUAGAAAGCUGGAAGACAAAAUGAAAUUAGAAGAAGCAGUCGAGAAGGAACAAUCAGUUACCAAUAAUGAUGUAUUGAAAGCGGUUAAAACCCUAAUGCAAGCUGUACAACAUCAAGUCAUAUCCCAAGAAUACUCUGAAAUGUUGCAAAAAUUAAUGAGUAACAUGGUGACCAUAACAACCGUUUAAAAAUUUAAAAAUUUAAUAAUAUCUACGAAACACUAGAUUUAAUUUAAAUUAUGUAUACAUAUAUGUAUUUACUUUGUAUUUGGCACUUAACGUAGUCCAUGUAAUACCUACUAUAAAUAAUAAAUGUAAAAAAUAAAAUGUUUUCAAAAAAUUCGUAUCACCUUUUAUAGUGAUCAAAAUACUCUCGGAAAAACGUGAUCAGUAUAAAAGGCGACCACUGUAUUUAUAAUAUUAAACGUACAACGACACGCAACGUGUGUAAUGUAGGUUAUAAUUAAAGAUAUGAUAUUCCAAUUUAUUUAUUUAUUGCAUUGACGAGUUAAAAGUUAAAAUUAAGUUAAAACGUUAAGUUAAUCAACUCGUUACCUACUUUCUUUUUUAAAUUAACUUUUAACUUAAUAAGUUACUUAAGUUACUUGUUGUUAACGAAUGUUAUAUAUCAGUUUUUAAUAUCGGUGAGUGAAUGCAUCA